AUGAACUCUCAUCACUUUGACAAGCGUCUGUCGCUGAAACCCAAACAGCCUCAAGCCAUCAGGCCUCAGACUGGCAAAAAACACAAUUCAAAAAUUACUAAAUUAUCAGGUGAUGGAAACAACCAGCCUGUCAUUACACCACCACAUUAUUUGUUCACAGGACUUGAUGGAUGUUCUCUUAUCCAGAGGGGUUUCAUUGGAGUGUGCCCCACACAGGUGCCGGAGACUGACACACAGGCCACUGACACACAGGCCACUGACACACAGGCCACUGAUGCACAGGCCACUGACACACAGGCCACUGACACACAGGCCACUGAUGCACAGGCCACUGACACACAGGCCACUGACACACAGGCCACUGACACACAGGCCACUGACACACAGGCCACUGAUGCACAGGGGCAGGAGACUGACACACAGGAGACUGACACACAGGCCACUGACACACAGGCCACUGAUGCACAGGCCACUGACACACAGGCCACUGACACACAGGCCACUGACACACAGGCCACUGACACACAGGCCACUGACACACAGGCCACUGUUGCACAGGGGCAGGAGACUGACACACAGGAGACUGACACACAGGCCACUGACACACAGGGGCAGGAGACUGACACACAAGCCACUGACACACAGGUGCCGGAGACUGACACACAGGCCACUGACACACAGGCCACUGACACACAGGUGCCGGAGACUGACACACAGGCCACUGACACACAGGCCACUGACACACAGGCCACUGACACACAGGUGCCGGAGACUGACACACAGGCCACUGACACACAGGGGCAGGAGACUGACACACAGGCCACUGACACACAGGUCAACUACAAGUGCAACCCCGACUCCAACAACAACUACUACACCCUGUACUUCCACACAGCAUGUGCAGCAACUGCAACAACUAUCAAGGCAUCCACUGACAACCAUCACUGCUACUGCCACCACUAA